AUGUCGCCGCCGUGUGUCGCGUUCCCGCCGUCGAAACUUGAAGUGCACCUUCAGGCCGAUGUAAAGGGAAAGAAGCGCAAGCUGCCGGGAGGCGCCGAUGUCGACCUGACCAAGUGUGCGCUGAAGGAGAUGACGCAGUACAGGUGCUUUAUCGAAGACUCGCAGUCCCGAAACAGUCCGGUCCGCUGCUGGCCGAUUCACCGACUCUUCAGACAAUGCCAGGACAAAAAGGGCGCGUUUAUGGUUGAGACCACGGCUUGGGAGGGUUCGAUUUCAGACCCCACUGGCCGUCAGAGUUCCCAAGCUACAGACAAAGGCAAACCCCAAGACACCCAAAGCAGUGGGUCAUCAUAUCAUCAAUGGUCCCAGGCAUGGGAGGAUGAAUGA